CGCGUGCGCGUAGAAUCACGAUGCUUAUCUAGGUCUAACUUAAGGCCGGCUACAUAACGAAAAUAGUGAGACUCGAGACGCAAGCGAAGUGCCAAUCAGAGACACGAUUGUUAUCGGGACAGUUCGAGCGCGCUCAACUGCGAUUGGUCAUAUCGCGUAUCGCUCAAACGCUUAAUUCUUCCUUGAUGUUUUCUUGUACGUCAUAACUUAAUUACGCAUAUACGUAACAUGCACUACUAGGGUUAGAGUAGGUGAUGUUAUCACUUAUAAGCGACACAUCUUUUCGCGGUUGUUUGUCCACGCAGGAUGGUGUUCUCGUUCACAGGAUUACCGUCCUUGAAACGAUUGUUGUUGCUCCUUCUGCAAUGCUCGUUAUGUCGUCGUGCAAUGCUGAGCAAAUUCUGGUGCCAAGAAAUCGGCCGGAAAUGGCGACAAGCGAGUAGACAACAGCCGCCGCCGGUUUGUCUGCUGACGGAACCGAAAUGUCAGCCGCACGUAGCAGUCUGGUAUCUGUUUUAUCGCUGGGUUAUUUUCUUCGUGUGGUCCAGUCUGCUUGUCUGCUCCGUGUUCGAGUUUGGUAGCUACAAUCCGAUGCUGGCGUACGACAAGUGGCCCAUCUACCUGACUAAUUGGGACAUGGCGUUGGGCUUCGUGCAGGCAUUCAUCGGCGGUAUGCUCGUGUCGAAGCGAUGGCGACUGCAAAAAAUAUCCGGCUUCGAUCCGAGCAGUCUCAAAUGGGAAUUCACCGAGCGCGUAUAUUGGUUUUUGUACGUUGUCACGACCAAUCUAGCUAUUGGCGUGACGAUGUGCUACUGGUUCACGGUGUACAAUCCGGAGAUCCAUCAGCUGGAUCCGCUCAACAUUAUGGUGCACGUGUGCAACAGCGUGCUGGUGCUAGUCGAUCUGUUUGUUACUAGCAUACCGUUUCGUUUGUGGAACUUCUGGUGGUGCUUGUCGAUCGCGAUACUCUACGUGAUUUUCACUGCGAUUUAUUAUGUGGCCGGUGGUCUCGACAAGCUCGGUCUUCAUUACAUCUACAAAGUGCUCGAUUGGAAGCGGCCGGCGCGAACGUCGCUCGUCUCCGUCGGUGGUUGCACGUUUAUCAUGGUGCUCCACUGUGUCUCGUGUGUGCUGGCGGAUAUAAGAAAUCGUAUUUACAACAAAAUUACGCGGAAGUCUAGUCAAUUCGCGCGAACGAAUGACAAUCCGCUCUCGGACAAAGGAACUAGUUUACCUGUUGCUGGUUUAACAGAAGUUUAAACUAGACCACAAUUAUCUCCUUCGCAUUUGCCUGCUUUCAUCAUUUGUCUUAUCUGGAUGCACGGACGGAUUCGAGGCGUUGGAGCAACAGCUGGCAAGGAAAAAAGAAGCGUGCCUUGUAGUUGACGUAAUUAACGCCUCCAAGUAUUUUUUUUCGAAGAAAGCGAUCAUUGUGCUCACUUAGCUUGCUCGUGCAAUACGAAGUAUUAGUAGAAUAUAUUGGUAGAAUAUUAAGCAAUAUGUGAAGUAUUAGUAGAAUAUUACCUAAUCGUAUUCAAAGAUCGUAUUCACACAUCUUCGUUAUAGUACUUGAAUUUUUUAAUAGUGAUAUUUAUUUAGCGGGAAGACAGAGAUUUUAUUAGUGUUAGGUAACGUGAUUGGUAUGCAAAAAAUCAAAAAGACAACAUUUCAAUUUCACCAAGAGACAAAGUACUAGGAAAUAUUUUCGUUUUCCAUAAAACGUUUGCUGCCUGUCUCGCUAAGAAAGAAAACAUGAAUCGCAAAUCGAUUUCGAGAUGUGUCGAUUUAAAAAUAUUAAUAUAUUUGCGUAUCUCUCUCCUAUUAAUUUAAAUUAAUUUUAAUGCGAUACCUA